UUCAACAUCUGAGCCAGGAGUAUACAGGACCGCAUCCCCCCCUAUCGCCAACUCUCUUGUCGAGCUCAGCACCGUCGACAAGAUGCCUACCCGUUUCUCGAAGACCAGGAAAGCCCGCGGUCAUGUCUCGGCCGGUUACGGUCGUGUUGGCAAGCACCGUAAGCAUCCCGGUGGUCGUGGUAUGGCCGGUGGUCAGCACCACCACCGGACCAACCUUGACAAGUACCACCCCGGUUACUUCGGUAAGGUCGGAAUGAGAUACUUCCACAAGACCCAGCAGCAGUUCUGGAAGCCCACCAUCAACCUUGACAAGCUGUGGUCUCUCGUUCCCGCCGAGAAGCGUGAUGCCUACUUGAGCGGCCAGAAGACCGACACCGCCCCCGUCAUCGACCUGCUUCCCCUCGGCUACUCCAAGGUUCUCGGCAAGGGCCGUCUCCCCGAGGUCCCCAUCGUCGUCCGUGCUCGCUACUUCAGCCGGGAUGCUGAGGAGAAGAUCAAGGCUGCCGGUGGUGUCGUUGAGCUCGUUGCUUAA